AUGAAAGUGGAAGCAGAAGAGGAAGUUGACCAACUUAAGGAAGAAUCACUCAAAGAUCAGGAACUCAAAGACAAAGCAAUCAUUGAAGAAUUGAUGUCAAGCCCUGUUUUUCAGCCUCCUCCUCCUCCUCAGCAUUUCAAAAUCAAGGUCAAACUGGCUGCACAAGAACCAGAAAGAAACCAAGAUGGUGAAAGGCCUACCAGUACGGAUGAUGUGAAGCCACUCCAAAGGACUCAACGUUUAAAGAAGGCUAUUGUUGACAAAGAACAUGUUAAACCUGUAAAAUCCAUCAGAAAAAAAGGUGGUAAAAAACACUGA